CAAAUCACAGCUUUAAAUUAAUUACACCCUUUCAUUUGACAUCUCACUCAUUUACACUCUCCCUCUCGCUCUCAAUCUCCUGAAAAAGCUUCAACUAGCAAAAGCAAUGGUUUUAGUGUACGUUCAUUCCGAUGGUCCACCAAUUUUCAUCAACAAGGACAUGUUGACCUGGUACUUGCUCAGUCUCAAGCUCCGCGGAAGAAAAACGAGAAACCAACAAUCUGAACCGGUUCACGAUCAGCACCUUCUUUGUUUACCGGAAAUCAACAGAGCGAAUCAUGACCAAGACUUGCAAACCCACGAGCAAACUCAUUCCACGGUGGUAGAAGAGAGGCGAAAAAAGACACAAGAUAGUUGGGUGGUCUCGAUAAAAGAAACGCUCGAGCAGGUUAAUAGUGACGAUGACAUGAACAAAUGGGGCAAGAUCUGUAUCUACAGAGUUCCACAUUACCUGCACGUAGAAGACAGCAAAUCGUAUUUUCCGCAAACUGUCUCGCUUGGUCCGUACCACUACGGGGAGAAGCAAACCCAGUCCAUGGAGUAUCACAAGUGGCGUGCGGUCAAUAAGGUUCUGAAACGUACGAAGCAAGGCAUCGAGAUCUAUAUUGAGGCCAUGAAAAAGCUCGAGGAGAGGGCUCGUGCUUGCUACCAAGGCGACAUUGAAAUGGAUAGUAAUGAUUUCACAAAAAUGCUUGUUCUAGAUGGAUGUUUUGUUCUAGAGCUCUUCAGGGGAACCGUUGAAGGGUUCCAAGAAAUUGGAUAUGCACCCAACGAUCCGGUUUUUGCGAUGAGGGGAUUGAUGCAUUCGAUUCAACGUGACAUGGUAAUGCUGGAGAAUCAACUUCCUAUGUUCAUUCUAGACCGGUUAUUACAGGUACAACUCGGUACCAAGUCUCUCUUCUCGAAUCUCAUAGCAUUUGAGCAGUGCCAUAUCGACUCGGGCAACAACAUAACAUCCUACAUAAUCUUCAUGGAUAAUCUAAUAAACUCAUCUGAAGAUGUUAGCUACUUGCACUAUUGUGGUAUCAUCGAGCAUUGGCUAGGGAGUGAUUCUGAAGUUGCGGACUUGUUCAACAGGCUAUGUAAAGAAGUGGUUUUCAAUCCCAAAUACAGUUAUCUGUCUCGACUCUCUGAUGAGGUUAACCGUUAUUACAGCCGGAAGUGGAAUUCCUUGAAGACUACUUUAAAACACAAGUACUUCAAUAACCCUUGGGCAUAUUUCUCCUUUUUUGCUGCAGUUAUUCUCCUAAUCCUCACGUUAUCUCAGAGUUUCUAUGCUGUUUAUGCUUAUUAUAAGCCAAAUUCUUAACACAAAACUGUAAUUUUAUUUUUCAUUUGAUUUAAUUUAGAAUUUUUGUGUUUUCUUAUUUUUUUUAUUAACAUUUUGUAUUUUAUUCUAUUAAAAAAACCUUGUAACUAUUUGUUUGGAAGCCAUAUCCUAAACUAGAAGUAGUUAACAUUUUUCAAACGUUACACAGA